CCGACUCGCCGCUCGGCUCCGCUCGGGCAUUUCCGCCUCUUUGUUUUAAACUCCGGACGGGUUUUUUUCUCCUGCUCUUGGGGGGGACCCGGAGGGAGCGGCACCCCCCCCGCUCCCGGCGCUGCCCCCGCGUGCGCCCCGCUCGCCCGCAGCCGAGACGGCAGGCUUCAAAAUGUAGCGGAGGGUUCCAGGCUGCCAUGUACAGAAAAUGGACAGAGGGCAAGGGGCAGAAGGGAGGCCCAGAUGUGAAGCCGCACAGGGCGGAGUGAAGCCGCUGGCCAGGUGCCCCAGCAUCAGAGCUGCAGCCUGAGCGCCCAGUGCAAAGGCAGGAGGAGGGACUGAAGACGUCUAGAGGAGGAGAUUGCAGAUGGGCCCGGCGAGGAGGCGAGGCGUCCUGGAUCUGUUGGCGGGUGCAGCGCUGAAAGCUCUGCUCUUCUGGCUCACUCCUCCUGGGGCCCGGGGUCCAGUGCUGCGCAGGGGCCACGAGCAUGAGAGGAGUCUUCGAGGGGUGCUCUGUCCUUCACGGCUUGAAGGCACACCUGCCAUCCGUCUGGCGCCCACCUGGUGUCACCUGGUCACUCAAAGCCAAAGAUGUUGACCAGAAAGAUUAAACUCUGGGACAUAAAUGCCCACAUCACCUGCCGCCUGUGCAGUGGAUAUCUCAUCGACGCGACCACGGUGACCGAGUGUCUGCAUACGUUCUGUCGGAGUUGCCUGGUCAAGUACCUGGAGGAGAAUAACACCUGCCCCACGUGCAGGAUCGUGAUCCACCAGAGCCACCCGCUGCAGUACAUCGGUCAUGACAGGACCAUGCAGGAUAUUGUUUACAAACUGGUUCCGGGCCUUCAGGAAGCGGAAAUGAGAAAACAGAGGGAGUUUUACCACAAGUUAGGCAUGGAAGUGCCUGGAGACAUCAAGGGGGAGACGUGUUCUGCAAAGCAGCACCUGGACCCCCACCGGAACGGUGAAACCAAAGCAGAUGACAGUUCCAACAAAGAGGCCGCAGAAGAGAAGCAGGAGGAGGACAACGACUACCACAGAAGUGACGAGCAGGUGAGCAUCUGUCUGGAAUGCAACAGCAGCAAACUGCGGGGCUUGAAGCGAAAGUGGAUCCGCUGCUCGGCCCAGGCGACUGUCCUGCACCUGAAGAAGUUCAUCGCCAAAAAACUUAACCUUUCAUCUUUCAACGAGCUGGACAUUUUAUGCAACGAGGAGAUCCUGGGCAAGGACCACACGCUCAAAUUUGUGGUUGUCACGAGGUGGAGAUUCAAGAAGGCACCGCUCCUGCUGCACUACAGACCCAAGAUGGACCUGCUCUGAGCCUGGCCCUGGGCCGGCCCCCCACACCGGGCUGCGGCCUGCAGGCGUCCUGGGGACCAGAUUUCUGAACAGAGUAUUUAUAACUUUUGUAUGAGAGAACUCACACUCGACGAGACACUACCAGCACCGCGGUUAUGAGAUGACGGAACACUUCACUUCACAGUCGUGAACUCUCGCAGACCGGACGGGAAACACGGCGGCCACCCGACCUUCGCUUGCUUUCCAGGCCUCGGAAAUCUGGUCGUUUCAGUUCAGUGGAUGAAAUAGGGUUCACGAUAAGCCUCGGAAAUACUUGUAUGUUUAUUGAACCCUUCCUAAGUUAUUGAGAAAAUAUCUUUUCAUGGUGAAUGAUAUUUAUGUUGCCUUUAGCUUCCUGAAGACUUAGAAGGUAUAUAAAGGUUUAAUUUAAAAGCAUACCAAAAGAGGUUUCCAUUAAUGAAUUAGCCACGGCAUUUAAUUUUCCACAUUAGGAAACAGGAAAAGCUAAGGGCCUCCCCUGCCUCGCCUGGUGUUCUGGGCUUGAGGGCCACUCGGCCCCAAGGCAGGGAGGGCCCCCCGCUGCUCCCCAGACUCGGGCAGAGCGCACUCAGCAGGUGGGCAGGUGGGCAGGUGCACUGGGCAGGUGGUGGCUCUGUGUGAGGGGGGUUCCCGGUGGAUGAGGGCUGGUGCCCGAGGUGUGCAGGCUCCAGUCCUCACCCCGUCCACCCUUGGAAAGCUGUCUCCCACCCCUGCUUGUGCUCAAAGUUCACCCACCCUCUGGCACUCUGUUCCCAGCAGGCGAUGCGCCCUCAAGCCAAGCCUGGGAGGAGCCUGCUGGCUGCUUUUUCGGUGACUUAAUGUUCUAAAGUGCCAGUCACAGGCAGCACACACUUUGUGAACCCCUUUCUCCUCCCAAAUGUUAAUAUUUUUGUGGAAUUAGAGAAUGAAUAUUUGUUCCUUGAAAAUAGUAACUUGGAACGUGUAAAGCAAGAAGGAGAAGCGAGCACUUUCCGGGGCAGCGGAAGUGUCUGCCUCCCCUCUGCACCCGCACCGCGCUUUCUCAGUGAGCUUUGGGUUCCUGACCCCACCCCCCAGUCACCUCUGCCCACCCUGCAGGCAGGCCGGGGGCCCUGGGUCCCUCAGCCCCUGUCCACCACCUUCGUUCGUGGACUAUCUGACCUUACUCACUAGUAUUUUUUUCUCCCAUUUGCUUUGAAAGUUAUGGUUGGGUUUCCUCUGAUUCCCAUUUCAUACACAUAAAUGUCAGGAGCAGCUACUAACGAGACCUAAUCUUGGUGACGAGAAAACCACUCAAAUUAAUUCAAUCCAAGUGAUUUUUAAUAUAAGGCCUUUUACACACAUCAAAACAGCUUGUUAGGGAUUUGGCCAAAAUUCAUGUCUUCAUUUAAGCUCAUUACCUCCCAGUACUGUUUGAAUAGUUCAGUUCCCCAUGCUCGCUGUUCAUCCAAAUCCUGUGUUGGAGUUGCUCCUCUAGGGUUAGUGAGUAGAUGUGUGUGCGUCAAUACUACCUGUCUACCUCAGGAUACACAGGACUGCUGAAGCACUCUGCACAGCCACACGUUACCACAGUGCGGUUCCGGGUUAGCGUUAGAACUUGGGUAUUUUCCUGUGUCGUGGAGGAGGGGAGGGCUAAACAGUGUAAGCAUCCAAAUUCAAACAAAAUUGACUCACGGUUCAGAUUAGACUGAGUAUCGCUGUAAUAAUCUCAUAAUAUAUAUUUGUAACUUUGUAGCUAUCUUUGAAAUCACUUGAAUCUGCUAUGGUGCUAAGCGGACGUGCUUAAAUACACAGAGGUGGACAGCCAGCGCUGACGGCCGGCGGGCUGCUGGCCCUCCUGUGACCCCCUUUUGUAACCGUGUCAAUCUGACGAAACCUCAGCAGCAGAAGUACCUAUUUUUCUAAGAUUCCUCACGCAGACUGUCUUCACGCAGGACGGCCCGGGGACCCCCGCCCCUCAGCUGCCAGGAGCCCAGCGCCUGUGCCCGGGGGCAGCUUCCGUGGACCCUUCCCCGCUGUCACGCUUUCAUUUUACAUCAAAAAGCUGAAUUUAAUUUCCAGCAUGAAAGCCAUGAUCAGUUAGUGAUUGGAUCCUACUAAGUUUUUUUUAACAGAUGGAGUUACUGUGAAGUAGUUUUCAUGCCUGUUUAUGCUGGUGAAGCAAGAGCUGCCAGUUACCUUCCCGCGUCACCGUCCACGGCGGCGGGACGCCAUGCCCGGCACGUGGUCUCGCUAAAUGCAGUUUUCGUGAAAAUAGAAAAUUCAGAUAGAAUAUAUAAAUAUUGAAUUUAAGAUUUGGGGGGUUAAAAAAAGAAAACUUAACUUUAUAAAAUUAUUUAUUCUAUUUUAAGCCUUCUAUCAUAUUUUCCCAUCCGAUUGUUUGGUUUCCGUGGUCCAGCUUUAUUUACAGGCAUAUAAAAUGAAAUUGUGACAUGUUUUGCAAGCUUCUUCUUUUACUUUGACUAGCUUUUGAUUCGUAUGUUUUGUUUUAUAUAGAUGAGGAGCAUCGUUUAUGCUUUUGUGCAAUCGGUCCCAAGAUGCAUUUAUUAGACAUCUGUUUAAAUUGUAAUGUCACUUCUCUUCUGCUAAAUUGAAAGGGAAUGUAGGUGGAAUUUCAAAAUAACGUACAUUCAGCCCUUUGGUUUUCCUUUUCAUUGUUGUUACGAGAAUCUGUUUCUGGGGAUGGUGUGUGUGUGUGUUCAGGAAUGCCUGUCAGCAAUAUUUUAGGGCGUGAGACCGGGCAGGCUGCUGUUCAGUGGCGCAUGGCCAUCCUGGACCGCUGGCGGCGGGCCUGGGUCUGCUGUUUCAGACCCCGUGUGCAGCCCUCGGACGCCCUACCCCACGUCGACCAGACCACGGAUGUGUGGGUGCUGCUCUCCCCAGGGGCUCCCGAGCCCUCUGGGGCGUGUGGCCUCUGAUGCCUCCUUGUGGCGAAGUCUUUAGAAAUCCAUUUCCGUUUUUCCUCAAAGUGCACAGGAUGGCAUUUUACAGCAAUUUAAAAUGUAUCAUUGGAUUGAAUGUUCAGGAAUGAGCCAGCUGAUUUCUACUUUAUAUGUGAGUAUUAGAUGUGCUCCUAAGACACUGAAAAUAAACUUCGCUCAGUUAGCUAAAUCAGAACAAAUCCCGUUUCUCUGUUUCCUCAGGAAAUCAUGUACACUCCACCACAUCACGUGUGACCUUAGCGCCAGAAGCCAGUGUGUCUCUCUGCCUUGGGAUUUAACAGACUACGUAAGUUGAGAUGAGUAGAUUAGAAAAUUGUUAUUCAAACCAGCCGUGAUCUUGACAGACCCUGCCCCCGUGAGGCAGGGCCAGGCGUGGUGCGGCGCGGCCGCCGGGCCACCAAGGCACUCUGCUUGUGCGGACGCCGCCCGCGCUUGGCCUGCAUCACGUGUGGUUGGCCACGUCCAUGAGCACAUCCGAAGGAUGGACUGCACCUGAGUGUCCCCUAGAAUGUGUGGAGCGCUAGCGUAAGUGUCUGCUCCGACAGCUUGCUUGAUUGGGUAUCAGAAACCACGGUUUCCCAAGCAGUGUAGGGCCCAGGGGCGUGAGCCGCCCCCCACCCACCUGACCGUCACACGUGGCCACAUGGAGGCUGUCGCGGUUUAUCGAGAUGACAAUGCAGAUACAUAUUUUUGACUGUUUAAUUUGAAAGUUUACAUUUUUUAUGCUUUGUGUUGGUGUGUAAUUUUUGUACUAUCGGUGGCUAGUUUUUGUCUAAAAUCUUUUUUGGAAUAUUGCUUCAAUGUUUUGAUUUUAUGAUAGUGAAGCUUGUACUCAGUGUUUUGCCAAAAUUAAUAUUAUAUGCUUGUAAUAAAAGCAAAAGAAAAACUUACCUAAA